UAGCCUAAGUGCCCAAAUAACAUUCACGCAAGAAUUCACAAUAUAACAUGAUUUUUAAAUCUCAUUGUCAUGAAUUUAUAGGCCAAAUGGAAGGAAUUUAAUGUUUAAUUCCCGUAAAUUAAUGGGCUUUUAAAUCAUCUUGCGAGUGGGUUUUUGUGAAACGUGAUCGAUUGGAACGUUGCAGUUGCAGUGAAUUUGAACCCCAUGUCGGCAGGAAAAACACUGCCGGUUCGUCUGGGACCAAAAUCACAUUUUCGCCAAGGAAAUUUUGAUUAAAGUCAUCCUAAGAAGCAAGUUUAUAUGUAAAAUACACGACUUACCCUAUGCUUUGUCCCCUACAUGAGAGAAAUGGAAAGAAGCGAAUUUACCAAGCAUGAAAGUGUGUAUAGAGAACGGCAGGAUGACAUUAUUGAUAUGGUUCAUCUUGUAGAGUUAUGGAGUCAUACAGUGUGGAAACAGGCCCUUCAGCGCAACUUGCCUACACCGACCAACAUGUCCCAGCUACACUAGUCCCUCCUGCCUGAGUUUGGCCCAUUUCCCUCUCAACCUACCCUGUCCAUGUACAACGUGCUGGAGUAACUCAGCUGGUCUGGCAGCAUCUCUGGAGAAAAGGGAUAGGUGACAUUUUGACUAUUCAACCAGUAUCUGCAGUUUCUUUCUACACACUAUCCAUGUACCUGUCCAAAUGAAUGUUUAAAUGGUGUGACAGUGUCUACCUCAUAUGCCUCCUCUGCCUGUUUAUUUCACACACCCACAACCCCUUGAAAUGUCCCUUAGUUUUCUAUUAAAUCGUCCCCCCCCUCACAACCUUAUAUCCUCUGGUCCUUGAUUCCCCUACUCUGGGAUGAAAGAUUCAGUGCAUUUACCCUUGGUUCCGUUAGUUGAUUUAAUUUAAAGGUCCUUACAAAAGAUGAAGUCCAGCCCAGAUUUUAGAUUGCACAACAGUGUGGCGCUGGUCACACCGUGUACCAAUGGGAUGUGUGGCCGUAGAUGUGUAUUUAAAGUGGUGGGCUCUCAAAUUGCCAAGCGUCAUUAAUGCGCUCAUUAGACAUGUUGAUGCUUUUCGGGAGGAAGGUUUGUCGCCUGACAUUCGCCGAGAAGCGGGAGAGAGAUGCAAACGGAGAGGAGCAGCUCGCUGUCUUGUCCCGGGAACCUGGAUUCCGCCUGUACUGAGAAGUCCCAACCUUUCCCCCUGCUCUCUUCGUAUCUCAUUGACAGCAUUUUGGGGCGCACCAACCGGCCCGUGAAACGCCAAGAUGCCCCCUUGUCUGGCACCAGAACUGGGAAAAACUUCAGGGGAGAAAUGGUUCCGGGUAGAACGGAGAAUGGAAGCAAAUCACUUCAAAUGGAGGAAAAUGCGGGUCAUUUGUCCGGUUCACGGAAGCAAACGGUGGGUUGGCAUCAGUUUUCAACGGGCCUUGCUCGUUCCGAACCAGGGGUAGGUAAAGGAGGGUUUGGACGCCGGGAUAAUGAAGAGAGGAACGAAGCCGACUCGCUGGCAGCACCAGUGGAGAGACGGGGCGAACUGAAGCGGCCAAACGCUCUGCCUUCGACGCCGGCUGGAAAAAGUGGUGGGGAGAGAGAGCGAGAGUCAGGUAGCCAGCCGCUGGAAGAGGGGAAAGAGGAGGAGAGGACGGAGGAAGUAGCGGAUGAGAGAGAGUGUAUGGAGGGUAAAACCAGCCUUCAUUACUUCCCCUGCAUUGAUGAACAAGAGGACGGGCCGUUCAAACGGAAACAGCGUCGCUACAGAACCACAUUUACCAACUUUCAGUUGGAGGAACUGGAGAGAGCUUUCAGAAAAACCCAUUACCCCGAUGUCUUUACAAGGGAAGACCUGGCAAUGAGACUCGAUUUAACCGAAGCACGGGUCCAGGUUUGGUUUCAAAACCGCAGAGCCAAGUGGAGGAAGCGUGAGAAGGCAGGGAGCCUGGGCCAUCCGCACGGGUUGUCAUUGACUAGUCCGCUGGGGCUCUACUUGGAUGUACCGCUGACUCAAUCCACCGGCAUGGAUCCGAGUUGGAGGUCGUCAUCCAUACCAACACUCUCUCCGGCGACAGCACCCAGCGCCUACAGCUCGGCAGCCCAGCUAGGAAUCAGUACCUUCAUCGGGACCACCUUCUUCAGACAUCCCUUACUCAACCCACACUUUGGAAGAUUCUUCACGGCGAUGAACCCUCUCAUGGCGACCUCCCUGAUUGUGAAACCCUCUGUCCCGUCAGCGGACCCCGGGCCCUUCCCACCGCACUCUGACUCCACGGCCAUGGAUAGGAAGUCCAACAGCAUCGCAAGCCUGAGACUGAAGGCGAAAGAACAUACAGCACACGGCCCCGCCAUCUCUCUGCUCCCCACCUACACCGCCUCGGGCAAGCAGAUCUGUUAAGGACAUCCUAGUAACUAGACUGUACUUCAGCGACCGGGCGGACAAUAUCUACAGAUAAAACAACCCGUGAGAUUGAACGCAAUCGGAUAACUGUUGUCUGCCGAACUGGUACUUAGAAAUGAUUUAAAACUCACGGGCGGAAGACAUCAGACGAAAGACAAGUCCGCCAGGUCCGGGUUAACAGCGAGCCCCUUUACCUAUUGGGAAUGGGCACACGCUAUCACACGCUAACUGUUAAUAAAUUCUUAAAUUCGUCAACUUCAGUCACAUUUUGACAUUCUGUAGGAGUAUCUAUUGCAGAACUGCCUUGUGCUCUAAGCAAUUUAUUUAAAAAGCCAAAGUCAUUUCGAAAGAGACACCGUGUUCAUUUGGGCUGUGAUUUUGCUUCUAAAAGAUUGGGUGGGAGAGAUGAUGUCUUUAUUUAGGGACUUUAUUCUGAUGAUGUCUUUGUUCUGUAUAGCUAGGAAUUUUAGUACACGGAUCGCCAUAUGAAGAUCUAUUUAAUUUAUGAAAUGCCAUCUGAUUCAACCGAAUUAUAGUAUUUUAACAGUAAGUGAUUUGUCCCUUGUGGUUUCUGAGAUUUAUACAAAUAAAUAAACGUGGAAUUAAUGAUGGUGUCAGU